AUGGACUCUCUAGCCACAAGUUAUCAAAAAACCCUCGAAAAGAAGCUUGAUGGAGCUAAGGCAUUAGCCGAAUGGGGUCCCGGGAGAUUUGUCACGACAAAUGCUUCGGGUUUAAUCGUUGAGAAUCCAUGCGUUUUCAAUGGCAAAAAAUUUUGCUAUCGUCCACUCGGCAGAAUUGGAAGCAAAACAAUCCGUCUCGAUGGAUUACCAUUUUCGAGUUCCCUUGAGAAAUAUAUAGCCGAUUUGCCUGAGAACAGCAAUUUAUCGAUCGAAAAAGCGUCAGAUCGAGAAUUGCUCGAAAAACUGACAAUCGUCACUUAUGCAUCCGAAAAUCAUUUUGAUGAGGUGAAAAUGAUGCUUAUCACGUGGAGAAGAUCUCAGCCGACUGUUCGCAUCGUUUUCUUCUCGAUGGGAUUACAAGACACGCAGAUGAAAGAGCUUCAAACACUUUGCAAUGUAACAGUGAGGAGACUGGAUUUUGAUAAGUACCCACCUCAUGUGAAGAAUUUUCGAAACUAUGCUUUCAAAAUCGCAGUCAUGAGGGAAAGCUACCUCGAGUUCCCAUUCUUUUUCAUCAUGGACACAAGUUUGAGACCAACUGUGCCAGCUGACUUUCUCUCGUUUUUGCGAGCAUCAGCAAAAAAAGAGAUUCACCCCUUUGCAAUGACACAUCCGACGAAUCGCUCGAACUCCGAAUUGACUCAUUUUGGAAUGUACGCCUAUUUGGAUAUUGUCAAGACUCUCAACAAUCGUCGCCAAUUCGAGGCCGGAUCGGUGCUGAUUCGUCAAGAUCCUUACAGUGCCGAAAUCUUAAAAUGGGCCAUUCUGUGUGCGUUCACCAAAGAAUGCAUCGAUCCGCUUGAGCGACGUUGCAAUGUUACUCGAGGAAUCAGCUCAUGUCAUCAAUACGAUCAAAGUAUGCUGAAUAUCUUGACCUAUAAUGCUCUGCAAGAGUUUCCACAAUGGGAAAGCAAAGUGUCUCAUUGGCCGCACGACAAGGCGAACAAAGUACGACGAGACGAGCUAUGGAUAGGAGAUUUGCCGAAAGAGAUUCUCUGCAUA